AUAAAUAAAAACCCAAAGCGCCUUAAGUUGCUAUAAGCUUACUACUACCACUCAACAUCAAUUGCCAACCCACAAACACACAUACACGCAAUGGUUGACUCUCUAUAUUAUACAGUAUAUUCUAUACACACACUAAUCACAACACACACAUACACACUUGAAGACAUGCUGACUUCGGCCGACAUUGAGGAUGGCAAAGUGGUGGUGGACAAGAAGACUGGCGCCAGCACCAAGUAUUCAUUGAUUGAGGGUGGCUAUGAGAUGACCAUAACCACACCGCAGCCCAAUGGCACCAUGAAGACCGAGGUGAAGACCUUCUGGGAUCCCAAGCCGGUGAGCGAAGAGGAUUUGGCCAAGGAGCAGGCCAACAAGAAGCUGGUGCAGAAGCGCAUGAACAAGGAGAUACGCAUCGAUGAGAAGACCACCAUGCUGACUCGCGCCAUCGAGGGUGGCUAUGAGGAGGUCUACACCAUCGUCAACGAGGACGGCACGCAUAGCACAAAAACCAAAACCUUCUUCGAUUCGGUGCCCACGGAAAUCAAUGAGAACACCAAGACGCAGGUGAACAAGGUGAAGAAGAAUGUGACACGCAAAUCAUCGGUGGACUCUACAGACUCCACCGAGUCUUCGUCGCGUCGUGUGGUGCAGAAAACGCAAAAGAAUGUCACCCAGACCUCAAACGGUAAGCAGUCGAAAAUUACCGAGAAUACCACCAUUGAGGAGACGCGUAGUGUCAGUCAGAAUAUUGAGAUUACUGAGAACAAUCGCACGGUGCGCAAGAAUUCGCUGCAGGAGCAAAGCGUUAAGGCCAUCACCCAAAGCACCACUGAUGGUGGCAAGAAGAAGACCAAGAAGACCAAGACCGCUGCACCACCACCACCAGCUGACUUUGUGCAGAACGAGACCACCACAGUGACUUCAAAGCGUGUUCCCGGCGGUCAGGAGUAUACCUACUCUACUGAGCUGGAGUCCGGCAAGACCAUUACCACCUCCAAGACUGUCUACGAGGAAGAGGAGGUUGAGCUCACCGAGGAGGAGAUCAAGCAGUACAAGAAAAUGCUCAAGGAAGCCGAGAAGCAUAAGAAUGUCACCACCACCAAGAAACUCAAGUCCGAGUCGGGCACUAAGAAGAUUGUGCCUUCGGAGAACGAGGGUGAUGUUACCACUGUCGAAACCAUCAAAAUUCAGGGCGGCACCGAAUAUCAUUACACCACUGUUACCUCUGAGGGCAUUGUUAAGAAGGCCGUCAAGACUGUGUACGAUCCAGUGCCCUGCUCCAAUCCCGAUGAGACCGACGAGGAAGAAAUCAUUGAGGAGUACGAGGAGGAAAUCAUUGAGCCAGGCGAGAAAAAUGUUAAGACCAUUGAAACUGUCAAGCAAUUGCCCACCAAGUUUGAAGAGGAAGUGACCAUCACUCAUGAGAAGAAAGAGAAGAAGGUAAAGAAGUCCAUGGUUAUCAGCCAGUAGAGCUCGCCAGGCCGCCAGCAGACACAGCCACACUGAUACACACUACAUGAGAAACACUCUGCAUAUAUCGCUAGCCCUUACCCAUUGGCAAUCUUAACUAUCUCUAAAAUAUGUACUCGUAUUUCAGCGCCCAGUUCAGCUAGUUGUCACUGGUCUAUGCACUAUUUUCGUUAGCUUCAUUCUAAAUUACUUUGGCAGCUAUUUAUUGCCAUAAUCACUCACAUCACUUUUAAAAUUUUUCAUUUUUCACACAUUAAACCGUUAAGCAAUUGUAUUAAAGAAUUCACAAUUUAUAUAUUUUUAAUUAACGUACAAUAAUUGCUAUCAAUAAAGAAAAUGUUUUGAGUUAACUUUAAA